AUGGAUCGGGUCUCCGAGCUGCAGGGCCAACUGCUCAGUCCGUCGGGCCAGCAAAAGUUGAACGAGAUCACUGAGCUCUUUGAGCUUUGCGAGUCCGAGGACUUACGUGUGGUAGUGGCAGCUCUGUCUGCCAUUGGCAAGGUUCUUGCGCACCAUCGCCAUCUUGCUAUUGAUUCGAAAGACAUGCCAAAAGAAGGAUUGCUUGAAUUGGCACAAUGGCUGAAGCGCCAAGAGGAGGCUUUGCGGCAGUUGCUGCUGCAGCUGGCCGCUUCUGGAGAGGCCAAAGCUCAGCUUGGUGCUGUCCGCCUGACCACUUCGCUCAUGAAGGAUGAGGCGCGCGAGAUCAGUGCCUCGAAGAUGUCAGGCUCUGAGCUCGCCCGCCACUUUGGGCUUUUGCCUCCUGAGCAGAGACUUCAAGAGAUCCUUAGCGAGCUGUUGCUGGGGCCAAGGUGGCACAGCCAGGUCGUCGAUUGCAUCUCCUCUGAGUGCCUCUCGGUCUAUGCGGACCUUCGGCACUUCACACUCAGUAAUUUGAGAAGCUGUGCGGAGCAGGCGGGCAAAGCUCUCACCAAGCCAGUUUGCGACCCAAAUCCAGACGGCUGGAGGAUGGGAGAGGCUGGGCACUCCAAAGCGUCCAUUUUCUAUGGUGCCGACGAGUAUUUGGCAGAGUUGCAGAAGAAGUAUGAGCGGGACCAUGAGAUCGCGGCUCUGAAAUUGGCACAGCCAGAUGAGGGUGAUCCCCAUGCUCCGAGCAGCAUGGCCAAGAGCAAAGAGAAGAUCCUCUCCGUUGAGAAGAACGACCAAAACAGGAGCUUGAAAACAGGACGCCUCUUCCCCAUCCCGAACAAGCCAGACCCCAUGCCACAAAACUUAGCAUUCCUGUUUACCAAAAUCACCCCUGAGCAGAUGGUGUACAUGUGGAACGUGCUGACUGCGAUCUUCGUAGUGCAAUGUCUCAUGAUUCUCACUUACUGUGCUUCCCUUGCGACCUUCCCGGAGCACUACUGGACAUGCACACUUCUCUUUGGAGCUCCCUUUGCAUACAUCUGCAUUCAACAGAUUUACAUCGACCAUGAUGUGAUGCAUGGCGUUACGUUCCCGCCCUAUGAGUUCCAGAAAUUCUUGACGCACCCGUUCUCGGACUUCUUCUCCCUGCCCUGGGAGGAGUUUGUGCUGGAACAUGCUCGACACCAUGCCAGCACCGUCGACUUGUUGAUGCAAGGUGAGUUUGGUUGGGAUCCUGAGGAGUUUCACUAUGCUCUGCAGCAGUGGGCUGGCCCAAUGGGACCGAACUGGUACAAGUACUUGCUGACUGUGCCUUGGAUUCCGGUAAUUCAUUUCUUUGGACUCAACGACACUGGGGCGCUAUUUGCCGUGGAAUGGUGGCUCAGUUUUCCUGAAGAGGGAGGUGGAGGCAAGUGCAACAGGGAGUUCUGGUCGAAGUGGUUUCCCAGGAGAGUGAAGCACAACGCGUUUGUGCUGUUCAUGUGGACCUGUGUCUGGCUUCUGGGUACUUGGCCAUUGGGUCGACCACUGAGCGAGGGCUGGAGGUUUGUGUUGCCUGUGACCUGCUCUGCACGGGUUGGAUUCUCACUGGCUUGGAUGUUCAUCACGAACUUCACUCAUUCCUUGCCAUGGAACAAGUUCCUGGCCAAUGAUCCGGGACGCACCUGGCCUCUCUUGCACAACCUCAUGGCAUUGGCUGUGGGCGGCAAGCAUCGUUGGAAUGAAAUGCUCUUCCAUGACGUUCAUCAUGCUUUCCCCAAUGCAUUGGGCACCUUGAGCCAACGCGGCCGCUUCCAUGGGUGGAAGAAGGUGCAUGAUGCGUCCGUGGAGGUUCUGUACCGCGGCUUGUGGAAGGAAAAUGGGGACGAGGAAACCGAGAUGCAGAAGCAGCAGAAGAAGCGAUCCCUGUUAAUGAAGCAGAGUCAGGGCCAGUGA